AUGGCAUUUUCGAGUCAAACUCCAACAAUCGUCGUCUUGAAAGAAGGAACCGAUACUUCACAAGGUAGGGGACAAAUUAUCAAUAAUAUAAAUGCUUGUUUAGCUAUCCAAGAUACCUUAAAGCCAACUUUGGGACCUUUUGGAUCAGAUAUCCUUAUUGUGUCAUCCAAUGGUAAAACAACAAUCUCCAAUGAUGGAGCUACCAUUUUGAAGUUGUUGGAUAUUGUUCAUCCUGCUGCCAAGAUGUUGGUCGAUAUAUCGAGAGCCCAAGACGCAGAAGUAGGUGAUGGUACUACAUCUGUUACAAUUUUGGCUGGUGAGUUAUUAAAAGAAAGCAAAUCAUUUAUUGAGGAUGGUAUCUCAUCACACUUGAUAACCAAAGGUUUAAGAAAAGCUUGUGAACUUGCCAUUGAAAAGAUUCAAGAGAUAGCUUUAGAAGUUAAGAAAGACGACCCCAAAGAGUUUCGUCAAUUAUUAGAAAGAUGUGCCAAAACCGCCAUGUCUUCGAAACUUAUCAGUAACAAUUCCGAAUUCUUCACCAAGAUGGUUGUCGAUGCUGUGUUGAGCUUGGACCAGGACACCUUGGAUGAAAAAUUAAUUGGUAUCAAAAAAGUUGCUGGUGGUUCAAUGGAAGAUUCAUUAUUUGUUGAUGGAGUAGCCUUCAAGAAAACCUUCUCAUACGCUGGGUUUGAACAACAGCCAAAGAAAUUCUCCAAUCCAAAGAUUUUAAAUUUGAAUGUCGAGCUUGAAUUGAAAGCUGAAAAAGACAAUGCCGAAGUAAGAGUUGAACAAGUAAAAGAUUAUCAAGAAAUCGUCGAUGCAGAAUGGAAAAUCAUUUUCAAUAAGUUGGAAGCUAUCUACAACAGCGGAGCUAAUAUCGUCCUUUCCAAAUUGCCAAUUGGUGAUUUAGCCACUCAAUAUUUUGCUGACCGUAACAUUUUUUGUGCUGGAAGAGUCACCAAUGAAGACAUGGACAGAGUUAUCCAAGCAGUUGGAGGAAAUAUCCAAUCCACAUGUUCCAAUAUUACUUCAGUAGAUCUUGGAACUUGUGCUUCAUUCGAAGAAGUCCAAAUUGGUUCCGAAAGAUACAACUUAUUCAAAGGUUGUCCUGAAGCCAAAACCUGUACAUUAAUUUUAAGAGGAGGAGCUGAACAAGUGAUUGCCGAGGUUGAGAGAUCCUUACAUGAUGCCAUAAUGAUUGUUAAAAGGGCAGUUAGUCAUAAUUCAGUGGUCGCAGGAGGUGGUGCCAUCGAGAUGGAAUUAUCCAAGUAUUUGAGAGAGUACGCAAGAUCAAUCGCCGGUAAACAACAGCUCGUUAUUUCAGCAUUUGCCAAAGCUUUGGAAUUGAUACCAAGACAACUUUGUGAAAAUGCAGGUUUAGAUGCUAUUGAAUUGUUGAAUAAAUUGAGAAGUGCUCAUGCUAAAGGCGAAUCUUCGAUUGGUAUUGAUUUCCACAAAGAAUCUAUUGGAGAUAAUAUGGAGAGUUUCAUCUGGGAACCAGCUCUCGUCAAAAUCAACGCCCUUCAAUCGGCUACGGAAGCAGCAAUUGUUGUACUUUCUGUUGACGAAACUAUCAAGAAUGAAGAUCUGAAUCAAGAAGGUAGAGGUAGGGGAGCGUUUUAA